AUCUGGCACGUGGGUUGUUAUGGGGCUGACACUGCAGUGGCGGGGUUGGUAGAGGGAUUGGUGCUCUGGUGUCGGGGUGUCGCACAGAGAGGACCCCGGAGGAGGAGGAGGAUGGAGAAGAGGAGGAUCACCGAGGAGGAACUCAACAACUUCCUCCACAACACGGGGGACGCCCGGCACCGUCGUGUGGCCCGUAUGGUGGAGGAGGUGCAGAGCGUCAUGCUGGAGCUGACGGUGCAGAUCAGUUCCUGGGAUUCCCGAUUUCAGAGCAUCUCCAACUCCGGCAUCCACAGCGACCACCUAAAGGAACAGCCGGACUUACUGGCCCACUGGAUGGCGCUGCUGAGGGGGCGCCGCUCACUGCACCCCUGUAUACAGGUCAUGGCCCCCUCACAGCUCCUGGUCACAGUUCCCCUUCGAGGUCUCAGUGGUUUCCGCCAUAGACGUUCUCGCCGUUGGCGGCGGUAUUACACCCCGAGUGGCGUUCGCCUCCUCACCCCCGGUCAUGGAGCCGGAGAAGCUCCACCAAUGGCUGGAAGUGGAGCAGUUCCAGAAGAGCACCCCCCAGUGGCAUGAAGGUGAUGUUAACAUUCAGGGGGAUUUGGUGCCGGCCAGAGUGGUGAAACGUCUUCCAUGGGCUCCUCCACCGAGCUAUUCCUGCCUGUCACCUGUCUGACAAGGUGAGUGUGAUGGAGUCCAUUGGCCCAAUCAUCAGAGUCAAUGUGGAGACUUCCAUUCAGACGGUAGACGUGGAGUUGGUUCCUGUGGUGGGAAAUUCCUAGCAGUUGGCCCAGGUCCGGCCGCUGGCCAAGGUUCUUCAAGCGAUGGCCUUCCAAGACAAGGCGCGAUGUGUUAAGUCCUUUGGCUUUGACCUCAUCGCUCGGACUAAUUACCACUGGCAGUUGUCCUUCCUUCGUGCUGAG